GCCCGGGGGAGGGGGUCCAGAGGGCGGCGGCCCUGGGGAUGGGGAAGGAGCAGGAGCUGUUGGAGGCGGCCCGCACCGGGCACCUCCCGGCUGUGGAGAAGCUGCUGUCCGGGAAGCGGCUCUCCUCAGGCUUCGGGGGCGGCGGCGGCGGCGGCGGCUCGGGGGGCGGCGGCAGUGGCGGCGGCGGCCUCGGCUCUUCCAGCCACCCCCUCUCCAGUCUGCUCAGCAUGUGGAGAGGUCCAAAUGUGAACUGUGUUGACAGCACUGGCUACACACCCCUGCACCAUGCUGCUUUGAAUGGCCACAAGGACGUGGUUGAAGUUCUUCUGAGGAACGAUGCGCUGACCAACGUGGCUGACUCUAAAGGCUGUUAUCCUCUGCAUUUGGCAGCCUGGAAAGGAGAUGCCCAGAUAGUGAGGUUGCUCAUCCAUCAAGGGCCUUCACACACCAGAGUCAACGAACAGAAUGCUCUUGAGAUCAAAGAAUUCAAAAAGUACGGCCCCUUUGACCCUUAUAUCAAUGCCAAGAACAAUGACAACGAGACCGCCCUGCAUUGUGCAGCACAGUAUGGCCACACGGAGGUGGUGAAGGUGCUUUUAGAGGAGCUGACGGACCCUACCAUGCGCAACAACAAAUUUGAGACUCCUCUGGACCUGGCAGCACUUUAUGGGCGACUGGAGGUGGUGAAGAUGCUCCUCAAUGCGCACCCCAACCUCUUGAGCUGCAACACUAAGAAGCACACCCCUCUGCACCUGGCAGCAAGGAACGGCCACAAAGCCGUGGUCCAGGUCCUCCUUGAUGCUGGCAUGGACAGCAACUACCAGACGGAGAUGGGCAGUGCUUUGCAUGAGGCUGCUUUGUUUGGCAAGACCGAUGUGGUGCAAAUCCUGCUGGCUGCAGGAAUUGAUGUCAACAUAAAAGAUAACCGUGGACUGACUGCUUUAGACACUGUCCGGGAGCUGCCUUCUCAAAAGAGCCAGCAGAUAGCAGCACUAAUUGAAGAUCAUAUGACUGGAAAAAGAAGUGCAAAAGAGGUGGACAAAACUCCCACACCCCAGCCACCUCCCAUCUCCAGUAUGGACUCCACAUCACAGAAGUCUCAGGGUGAUGUGGAGAAAGCAGUGACCGAACUGAUUACUGAUUUUGACACAAAUGCUGAAGAGGAGGGUCCCUACGAGGUGCUGUACAACGCUGUCUCCUGCCAUUCGUUAGACAGCAUGGCCAGCGGGCGAUCGUCUGACCGAGACUCUGUGAACAAGGAGGCCGAGGCAGCAGGAGUGAGAACUGCUGGAGUGAGGCCUAGGGAACGUCCACCACCUCCAGCAAAGCCACCACCCGAUGAAGAGGAGGAAGACCGAAUAGAUAAGAAAUAUUUUCCCUUGACAGCUUCUGAGGUCCUGGCCGUGAGACCCAGGAUUCAGGGGAGUGCAGCCAGGGAAGAGGAUGAGCACCCUUAUGAGCUGUUGUUAACGGCAGAGACAAAGAAGCUGGUAUCAGUGGAUGGAAAAACAAAAGACCACAGGCGGAGCAGCAGCAGCUGGAGCCAGGACUCUGCGGAGCAGCAGGACGGGCAGGUCCCAGAGCAGUUCUCAGGUCUCCUCCACGGCUCCUCCCCAGUGUGCGAGGUGGGGCAGGACCCUUUCCAACUGCUCUCUGCCACUGGCCAGAGCCAUCCAGACGGUUCCCCCCAGCAGGGCGCCUGCCAGGAGGCCAGCAUGCAGCUGGAGGAGACGGGUGUGCAUAUUCCUGGAGCCCCCCAGCCCAGUGUCCUAGACCAGAGCAAGAGAGUGGGCUACCCAGCAGGCCUGCCCGCCACCAACAGCCGAUCACACCCUGGAACUUUGACUCACACAGCAUCUCCGCACCCUGGUGGUGCCGAAGAAGGAGACCGGAGCGGGGCCAGAAGCCGAGCCCCUCCCACCAGCAGACCCAAAGCCGAACUCAAACUCAGCCGCAGCUUGUCCAAGUCUGACUCUGAUCUCCUGACCUGCUCACCCACGGAGGACGCUACCAUGGGAAGUCGGAGCGAGUCCUUGUCCAACUGUAGUAUUGGGAAGAAGAGGCUGGAGAAGUCGCCCUCCUUUGCCUCGGAGUGGGACGAGAUUGAGAAAAUCAUGAGUUCUAUUGGAGAAGGGAUUGACUUUUCUCAGGAACAGCAGAAGAUCUCAGGUUCGCGGACGCUGGAGCAGAGCGUGGGGGAGUGGCUGGAGUCGAUUGGGCUGCAGCAAUAUGAGAGCAAGUUGCUUCUGAAUGGCUUUGACGAUGUCCGCUUCCUGGGGUCUAACGUGAUGGAAGAGCAGGACCUGCGGGAGAUCGGCAUCAGCGACCCACAGCACCGGCGGAAGCUGCUGCAGGCCGCACGCUCCCUGCCCAAGGUGAAGGCUCUCGGCUAUGACGGGAACAGCCCCGCUUCGGUGCCCUCCUGGCUGGACUCGCUGGGGCUGCAGGACUACGUCCAUUCCUUCCUGUCCAGCGGCUACAGCUCCAUCGACACUGUGAAGAACCUCUGGGAGCUGGAGCUCGUCAACGUCCUCAAGGUGCACCUGCUGGGCCAUCGCAAGCGCAUCAUCGCCUCCCUGGCAGACAGGCCAUACGAGGAGCCGCCCCAGAAGCCCCCGAGGUUUUCCCAGCUGAGAUGCCAAGACUUGCUCUCGCAGACAUCAUCCCCCCUGAGCCAGAACGAUUCCUGCACAGGGCGGUCAGCAGACCUGCUGCUGCCUCCUGGGGAGACCGGCAGGAGGCGCCAUGACAGCUUUCACGACCCUGCGGUACCCUCUCGAGCAGAGCGCUUCAGGAUCCAGGAAGAGCACCACGAGGCCAAGCUGACCCUUCGGCCCCCCAGCCUGGCUGCACCCUAUGCCCCCGUGCAGAGUUGGCAACACCAGCCAGAGAAACUCAUCUUUGAGUCCUGCGGUUAUGAGGCCAAUUAUCUGGGCUCCAUGCUGAUCAAAGAUCUGCGGGGGACAGAAUCCACACAAGACGCCUGUGCCAAGAUGCGGAAGUCGACUGAGCACAUGAAGAAGAUCCCCACCAUCAUCCUGUCCAUCACAUACAAAGGUGUCAAGUUCAUCGAUGCCUCCAACAAGAACGUCAUCGCUGAGCACGAGAUCCGGAACAUUUCCUGUGCGGCCCAGGACCCGGAGGACCUCUGUACCUUUGCCUACAUCACCAAGGACCUGCAGACCAGCCACCACUAUUGCCACGUGUUCAGCACAGUGGAUGUGAAUCUGACGUACGAGAUCAUCCUGACGCUGGGGCAGGCGUUCGAGGUGGCCUAUCAGCUGGCCCUGCAGGCCCAGAAGUCCAGGCCGCUGGGGGCGUCGGCAGUUGAGACGAUUGACACAAAAGCUUCCAAACCGGUGCCUAAGCCUCGGGUCGCCACGAGGAAACCCGCACUGGAACCGCCCGAUACGGACCAAGAUGCCCAAUCCCACGCCAGUGUCUCCUGGGUUGUGGACCCAAAGGCAGACUCUAAGCGGAGCCUCAGCACCAAGUAUGAGACCACUAUCUUCUAA